UAUCGAUGGGCAAACAGCUGAUGGGGAAUAAAACAAUUUGAAAUAUUUUAUGUUUUGUGAUGUCUGCUGCAACUCCUAACAAAUGGCGGACCUCGGCCAGUCUUAUCAUAAUCUCCAAAGAAGCCAACAAGCAACAAGAUUACAAUCUAUUGAUGCUCAAGCGCAGCGAUCCCACAGCGAUCGUUACGAAUCAAACUGUCUUUCCCGGUGGCCUGCUGGACAGCGAGGCAGAUGAAGAUGUUUCCUGGCUGCAGUAUUUCGAAGAGUUCGGUGUGCCACAGGAGGCCUUGAGGCGUCUGGUGCUUCUCCAUGAAAACAGACCAGCCAUACUGGCUCCCCAGGGCACAGGCUGCUACGACCGCUUCUUCAAGCGCUCACACAUUUGGUCGCGGGAGAUAACAUUGCGACUAACUGCUUUGCGGGAGUGCUUUGAAGAGGUUGGAGUUCUCCUGUGUCGCAGUAAAAAUGAACUGGAUUUCGGUAAUAUUGCCUUGCCGAAGGAGCUGCCCGAUCGCGAGGCUUGGCAGCAAAGAGUGCACAACAAGCCCAGCGAAUUCCUGAAGCUGUGUCGGGAGCAGAAGGUGGUGCCGGAUUUGUGGGCCCUACACGAAUGGUCUGCCUGGGCCAGUCCUUCCAUCGUACGCAAAGGCCAUGCUACUGUCUUCUUUAUGACCUUUGUGGACACACUCCCCAGCCUGCUGAAUGAGCCAUCUGAGGUCAAGGAGUCUCUGUGGUUAACACCGUUGGAGUUUCUGAAACUGAACCAAUUGGGGGAAAUCUGGUUUCUGCCACCUCAAUUCUACGAGUUGUCGCGACUUGCUGGAGUUGGGUCUUACAAAUCCCUCCUGGACUUUGCCACAAAACGCAGCAGUCUGGGUACCACCAUGUUCAUGCCUUUACUCUAUGCUUGCGAGGGAUCUAUGGUGUCUGUGUUGCCAGGCGAUGACUACUACUUGCCAGAGCCGCAAUAUGUGGACGGAAUCAUCAGCUUUCCAGGCACCGCUGAUGAGUUUAGGACACGCUCCAAGCACUUGCAUCGGUUCACCUUUGGUGCGAGAGUUGAGAAUCUGGAAAUGAAUAUUCCUCCGCCAAAUGGACACUUGAGACCGCUGAGUGUCUCGGGCGAGCGUCAAAAGCUUUAAUCACAUUCCAUAGACAGAUCCAUCGAGGACAGUGACCUCCCACCCCAGUGACCUGACCCCAUCUGCUUAGCUCUGAUAAGAUACUUAAUGUGGCCUUUCAAAUGGCGUUGGCGUUGGCCUCAAAUUGUUAUGAAAUAAUUCUAAGCGGAUUUGGCUGGGCAUCAAAAUAUCCAAGUGCCCGCUCUGGACGGCAUUAAUUAUAAUUUUAUAGGCGACACUUUAAUUAAAAAACUCUAGUUUAGGUUCAAGUCUGCCAUAAGUUAGCUUAGGAUUGAAGCAAUGUACAUCCAGAGGGGGGGAUGCGCACAUCAAAAGCGCAACUCUAUGCAGAUUCGAGUCCUCCCCCAACCCAAGGCAACCUCAAAUCGAAACGGGAGUGGAAGGGCGAGUGGUUGGCCAGAGAGAGAGUGAGGCAGCACAUGAUUUCAUACCAUUAUGAAUGCAUUUAAAUCACUUUGUGCUCUCCUCCUCCCCACCCAAUUCGUGGUUGUUUGCGCCACCUGCCGUGUGACUUUGUGCGCUUUACAGCCUUGGCUUGGUCCCGUUACCCCAGGCACAGGGAAGACAAGCCGUUUAAAAAUCAAAAACUGAACGAGCUUGCUCCCCACUUCUGUUUGCUUCGUGCCUGCUCGACUGUUUAUUAUGCAUUGUAAAGGACCAACCCUCCACGGGGGGUGUGGGCAC